AUGAAGAGAGAUAAUAGUUUUGAGUGGCAUGAAUCCCCUUUAGAAUCGCUGGCCCUUGAGGCACUGAAGGUUGCGGUAAUCGGAGGAACAAAUGGCUUGGGUCGAGCCAUUGCUCUGCAGCUGGCUUCCCGGGGAGCCCAUGUGAUUGUUGUUGGACGUAGUUUCAAGGACUCCGAGGUUCAGAAUAUCAGCUUUGUGCAGGCAGAUUUGAGCUCGAUGGAGGUAGCUCGACAAAUUGCUCAACAAAUUGCACCAGAGACACUGGACAUCUUGUUGUUCACGACCGGUAUCUUUGCAAGCACGUCGAAACAGGUGACAGCAGAAGGUUUGGAGCGGGAUCUUGCAGUCAGCUAUCUUAACAGACUAGUGAUGCUUAACGAAAUCGCUCCAAAGCUGCGCCGCACUAAGAACUCUUUAGGAUUCAAGCCAAGAGUCUUUUCCAUGGGCUAUCCUGGUUCGGGAGAAUUGGGCACGAUUGAUGAUCUGAAUCAGGAAAACAGCUACGGAGCUAUUAAAGCACAUAUGAAUACGGUUGCGGGCAAUGAGGCGCUGGUUCGUGUUGCCGCAGAAAGAUAUCCCCAGCUUAAUAUUUAUGGUUUGAACCCGGGAAUCGUGAGGACAAACAUCAGAGACAAUCUACUGGGGGAGAACUCUUGGAAGUCAUAUAUUAUCGAAGGAAUUAUCGGGUGGUUUACUCAAACUCCCGAACAGUAUGCAGCGAAGAUGGUUCCUUUGAUGGUCGCUCCGGAACUGGAAAAACGCAGUGGCACUUUUUACAAUAACAAAGCUCAAGGAAUCUUGCCCUCGGAAGGUAUGACCCCAAACUACGCAGCCAGCUAUGUAGAGGCCUCAGAAGAACUGCUCAAGAGUAAAGGUCUGGCGAAGUAA